UUUCACUCUCUGCUUCUUCUGUUUGUAGGAUUCUCAUUCUCAUUCUCACUACCAACACAAACACUAACACCUCCAUUUUUUCCCCAACAAUGUCGCCUUCGCUUCUUUAAAAUCCCCAACACCAAAACAUGCAAGAAACUCUCCAACAACUCCCACUCCCACUCCCACCACCACCCAACAACAACAACGCACGAACCCGAUCCCACCAGACCAACACCCGGCGCGUCACCCCCACGCGCGAUCAACAACCCUCCGUUGUUGUUGAAAAAAUCCUCCCCAACGGCGACCUCUACACCGGAGGCUUCUCUGGGAACGUCCCUCACGGUAAGGGCAAGUACGUUUGGUCCGAUGGUUGCAUGUACGAAGGCGAGUGGAAGCGAGGCAAGGCUUAUGGUAAAGGCAAAUUUUCUUGGCCUUCUGGGGCAACGUAUCAAGGUCAUUUUAAGUCCGGGCGUAUGGAUGGUGAAGGCACUUUCAUUGGCGUAGAUGGUGACACGUAUAAAGGCUCUUGGAACAAUGACCGGAAACAUGGGUAUGGCGAGAAGCGUUAUGCUAAUGGGGAUGUCUAUGAAGGUUCAUGGAAGUUCAAUUUGAUGGACGGUCAUGGGAAAUACACUUGGAGCGAUGGCAAUGUUUAUUUGGGAGAGUGGAAGAAUGGAGUUAUAUUUGGUAAAGGAGUUUUGAGUUGGAGCAAUGGGAAUAGAUAUGAAGGGUACUGGGAAAAUGGGCUCCCUAAAGGUAAAGGAGUGUUUACAUGGUCAAAUGUGAGGAAUGAGAAUGUGAAAAAUGAGGAAAAAGACAAGGGUUUUGAAGUAAUGGGAGGGAGGAAGAGAUCGUCUGUGGAUCGUCCGAGGUUGUGUAUAUGGGAAUUGGAUGGAGAAGCAGGGGAUAUCACUUGUGAUAUUGUUGAUAAUGUGGAAGCAGCGUCAAGGUUUUAUAAGGAUGGCAGAUUUUGUAACCAAUUUGGAGGAGUUGGUGUCGAUAAAUUUCAGAGGAGUCCUUGUGGGUCUGCUGCUACUGAUGAUGAGAUUAAGAAACCUGGUCAGACAAUAUCUAAAGGCCAUAAGAACUAUGAUUUGAUGCUUAAUCUUCAACUGGGUAUCAGGCAUUCUGUAGGAAAACAUGCUUCAAUUUUGAGGGAACUUAGGCAAAGUGAUUUUGAUCCCAAGGAGAAGUUUUGGACAAGGUUUCCACCGGAGGGAUCCAAGUUUACGCCUCCCCAUCAGUCGGUGGACUUUAGAUGGAAGGAUUAUUGUCCUAUGGUGUUCAGACAUUUGAGGGAAUUGUUUGCAAUAGAUCCGGCGGAUUACAUGUUGGCUAUUUGUGGAAAUGAUGCACUUAGAGAGUUGUCUUCCCCUGGAAAGAGUGGAAGCUUCUUUUACCUAACUCAAGAUGACCGAUUUAUGAUAAAAACUGUGAAGAAAUCUGAAGUCAAGGUGCUCACUAGAAUGCUUCCAAGCUACUACCAACACGUUUGUAAGUACAAGAACUCCUUGGUAACAAGGUUUUUUGGCGUGCAUUGUGUUAAACCAGUGGGAGGUCAAAAGACUCGGUUUAUUGUGAUGGGCAAUCUCUUUUGCUCGGAGUAUCGUAUUCAUAAACGUUUCGACCUGAAAGGUUCUUCUUAUGGCCGUCUAACUGAUAAGCCUGAGGAGGAAAUUGAUGAGACAACUACAUUAAAGGAUCUUGAUCUUAAUUUUGUAUUUCGUCUGGAACGCUCAUGGUUUCAAGAACUUAUUCGGCAAAUUGAUAGAGAUUGUGAGUUCUUGGAAGCGGAGAGAAUAAUGGAUUACAGUCUCCUGAUUGGUCUUCAUUUUCGUGAUGAUUACUCAGGUGAUGAGAUGAAGAUGUCACCAACUGAUAAGUGUAUCAGCAAACGAGAUGUGAAUCUUGAUCAGACAUGUAUGCGAGGAUAUCACUUGCUGCCAGAUAUGGACUGGGUUAUGGAAGGCCGGGGGCCACUAAUCCGGUUAGGGGCAAACACGCCAGCCAGAGCACAAAGAGUGACAAGAAUCGAUAUAGAUCAGUUUGUAGGGAGUGGAAGUAGCAAUUCAACCCCUUCACCGUCACCUAGAGGUGGCGAGUUAUAUGAUGUAGUCCUAUAUUUUGGUAUCAUUGACAUUCUUCAGGAUUAUGAUAUCAGCAAAAAGCUAGAACAUGCAUAUAAGUCCUUACAAGUGGAUCCCGCGUCCAUCUCAGCCGUUGAUCCUAAGCUAUACUCCAAAAGAUUCCGCGAUUUCAUACACAGAAUCUUUAUAGAGGACAAGUGAUGAUGGAAAAACAAAAAACAAGAGACAUUUGGAGUGAAAUAGAAACCGGUAAUUGAAAAUCUGGUUCUCCAGCCCCCAAAAGCAGCACAACAACAGGCAUAUAAAUUAUGGAAAUCGUGGUGAGGCAGAUUGUGGACUGGCACAUUGUGUGUUUUAGAGUGAUGCAAUUGUGUGCUAAUAGCAAAAGUUUUUGACAGGGGGUUGAAACCACCUUGUAUAUCGUAGAGAAAUGGUGGGCAGGUACAAGAUUAUUAUUAUUAUUUUUAUUUUUUUGGCUUUAAUGGUGAGGAAGGCAGGGAAAAUAGGUAUGGUUCUGGAGUAAAUGAAGAUGUGGAAGAGGGUGAAAUAACAAAGUGUACAGUCAAAAGGAAAAAAAGGGAGGGGGGAUAAUGGAAUUGAAUGAAUAUUUAAUAUUUAAUUUUGUUUUAUAAAUUUGAUGGGAUUGGAUGGUUGAAUGAUGCUACUUUAAAAUUAUAAAAAGAUGGGAUUGGGUAGUGAGAAGAGAAAGAAAUGGGGAUGGGUUUGCUUUUGCAGAAUGUUGAACAUGAAAAGAAGAGAAAGAAAAAAAAUGUGGGUGUUUCUGUUUUC